AUGGUCACCAAUCAAGCGGAUGUAUUGGCGUUGGAAAGGCUUGACGAUGACAAAUGGAGUGCGCGAUCGCAAAUUCAACAGGAAAUCAACGCGAUCGUCGCCAGACAACCGCAAUCCGUUCAGGUUGAUGAGUGA